GACUGGCAGAUGUAAACAAAACAUUGGAACAGCUGAGACGAGGUGCACGUCCACUCACUCUCCUAUUAUAACUAUUUACUCUUGUUAUAUAGUUACCACAAGAUAGUUACUGCUUUCUAAAUACUUAUUAGCUACCACUUAAGCCGCCAACCAUGAACACUCAAGCCAAACCUUUCAGGGAAAGGAGAAAUUUCGCCCAGCGUCAGAGGGAUGUUGAACAGAUUAGAGAACAACACCCAAAUAAAGUUCCAGUGAUAAUAGAACGAUACCCUGGCGAGAGGCAUCUCCCUCUUCUGGAUAAAACAAAAUUCCUUGUUCCAGAUCAUGUUACCAUGGGAGAACUUGUCAAGAUUAUAAGGCGGCGGCUACAGCUGCACCCUACUCAAGCAUUUUUCCUCCUCAUCAACCAGCGUGCCCUUGCCAAUGUCUCCAAUACUCUUGCUCAGGUGUACGAGCACCACCGCCACGAAGACGGGUUCCUCUACAUGGUGUAUGCUUCCCAAGAGGUAUUUGGACACUGAUUUUCCAGUGUUCAGAUGGAGUCCAACCAACAUAAUAGACAUUACUUGUUUGUUCAUUUACUGAUUCUAUUUUGUCUUUUAACUUUGAUCUUUUUUCUCUUAGGCAUUAUUAAAAGGUGGUGGUGAGUGCUGGGUUUGUCUGUGUUGAUGCCCAUGCAAGAAUGGCUGGUUUAUUUGUAUCUUGAAACAUCAUUUUCAAAGCAAAAAAUCUGUGAUUUCAUUUGACAGUGUGAUGUGUUGUUAGUAAUUAAGCUUCAUUUGAUGCCUUCAGCUGUUGACUUAUUGGAAUGAAUUCAGUUGUAUUAAAAAUAUAUUGCUAUAUGAGGUACUAGAAAACAUGCAGCUAUGGAUCAAAUGUGUAUUGUGCAAUAUGCAAAUGUUGCAUAAAGAAAGUUGUAGAAGUAGACGUAGGUGUUUGAAUAAAGUUCAGAGCUAGGCUGUGUCAACAGAGGCAUUAAUAUAGUAACUCACAGUAUAUCCAAUCAGAAUGUGUGAUUCUUGUUCUUGAAAUGAUAGUUUUAAUGUAUAUAUUAACUGUUGCAGCAAGGCAUUACCAAUAGUAUCGGAACUUGACAUCUUGACUAUGGCCAAACAAAAAUGCCUUAAAACAAUAUAGUAUUUCUGUACAGUACAGUAUAUAAAAAAUACAAAAAAACUACCAAACCAUGGAAUGGGUGGGGCUUGAACCCAUGGCUAGUGAGUCAUGAAACUUCACAAGUCACUAUACAAAAACCUAGUUUAAAAUUUGAAAAAAAUAAUAGUUUUUUUUUUUUUGCUGGCAUUAAUAGUGUUUGGAGGCAUUUUUUACUAGAGUUAAGCUGUUUUUAACCUUACUGUGAGCAUUGCCUCAGCUGCUGCUCUGUAUAUAUGCUGCAUGCUGCAAGGAUGACAGUUAUGUUACUGCAUCUUACGUUAAAAUGUCAUUUUUUCUUUGUGUCUGGGUGGAAGAUCAUUGUUGCAGUGUGUACAUUUAGGAGGUAAAAUGUUGUGUACCUUACUGUUCAUAUCGUAUUACUUAGCAAGUGUCCUUUUUUUUACCGGAGGAAUAUUGUAUUAAAGUACUCAGUAAUUUUUUUUUACCAACUAUUAUUGGUAUCUGAUUUAAACAUCCAUUUCUACUGGAGUUAAUAAAUUGAUGAUAGAGGUUUUUUGUAUUUUGCAACUGCAUUAUCCCAUGUAUCCUGGAUAUAAUCAUUACAUCAAUCAAUUGUUUUUAUAUGUUAGGACUAAUGUAAUUAAGGAGUUGAUCCAUGUAGGAAGUGCUUGUAAUCACAAAAUUUGUAUUUAAUAUUUUAAUUUGUGUUUAGUAAUCUGUGGAAGCACCUUAUUAUAUUAGUAAUGUUAUUUUAUUAUGAUUUUAGAGUAAUGUUUGCUCCCAUCACUUCAAUAUCUGGGUACUAAUAGUUUUAUUAAGCAGUGCUGGAUGACCCUUGUGGGUUUAGUGCAUAGAUUUGAUUGUAAUAAUAAUAAUAGUUUUAUUAAGAUAACAUUUCAGCUCAGACUGGGAGUGCUGCCUACCAGAGAUGUUUGUGAACUGUAGUGUAACAAACUGACAUUUUGUAAUGGCUGUUUGUAUUUGUAUUUUGUUGCCUCUCUAUGGCAGUCUUUACAUGUCAUUUCCUUACAUUUACCAAGGGCCAGUGUUUACAUAAAGACAUUGUGCAGUUUCCUUGACUUUUGUCCAGGAGAAAUUUUCCCUCAGUCCUUGCCCAAGUCCUUCACUCAGUUGGUAACAUAAGUUAACCAUAUACAGUAUCAAGAAGCCUUCCAUACCCCAGAAUUUUUUCCAAACUAUUUUUUUUUCCACUAAUACAGUAUAUGGAAUAUUAUAUGUUGCAAAAAUUUUUGGCAUGCUCAAUUAACACUUUUUUUUCCCAAGUUAUAGUAAAAUAUCUGAAUAAUAUGUCAUUCAUUUGUAUCAUAAUGCUUUUGUGUUGAUAAAUUUAGAAGAAAAGUAAAGUUUUUAUGCAGAAGCAUUAUUACAUUAAAGAAUGUAGAUUACUGAAUUACAUCUCUCUACAACUAGACUAAAACAUUAAUACAGGUCGGCCAUCACUGAUCUGGCAAUCACUAAUCUAGUUCCAUCACUUAUACAGCACUAAUUUUGGCAAUGCAGAUGGACAGCAGAGGUGUAGUGGUAUAGGUCGGCCAUCACUGAUCUGGCAAUCGCUAAUCUGGUUCCAUCACUAAUACAGCACUAAUUUUGGCAAUACAGAUGGACAGCAGAGGUGUAGUGGUAUAGGUCGGCCAUCACUGAUCCAGUAAUCACUAAUCCAGCACCCUACAGGUCCCAGUGAUGCCGGAUUAGUAAUGGUUAACCUGUAUUAUGUUUACAAAAGCACUAAACACUUGUGGGUCUUUAGUGUUUCAGAUAUACUCUUUGUAAGGUAUGGAAACCAAAAUUGGGCAUUGCCCAUGUAAAAUAAACCUUGAUGCAUUGUAACCAGUAUAUAACAUAUAAUACAUGUGGAGAAAUAGUUCUUCAUUUUGUGUGCUUGUUAUACUUUUCUUUGUUUAAAGUAUUGAUAGGCAUUAAGAAUGAUUAGAACAGUAUACAGUAGAUCCCCAGUUUAUGAUGAUCCAACUUAACAUGUACCACUUUUAUGACAUUGGCGCUUUAGAAAUCAGCGACUUACAGAAACAGACGUGCUUUUCUGAUGUAUUGGACUAUUUACGAUUCGUUAAUAUUACCUAUAAUAAUUUGAGCAUCAAGCAGGCUUGUGCAAGUGUCUUAGGAGUAAAUAUGGGCAAGUUCUUUUGACGUACAGUGCCUGCACUCUGAAGGAGAGGUGAGGAUGUUGUAGUGUGGAGUGUAAUCCGAAUUGUGUGAUGUCAGCACACCUCCAGAAACACAGUGAUAAGUGAAUAGUGUUAAAUGUGUUUCCUUCUUUGGGUCACCCUGCCUUGGUGGGACUUAGCUGUUGAGGUAAAUAAAAAACUAACAUUAAUAAUAGAGAAGGUUUUGAAUCUUAGGAGCUUAAACAUCCAACAGGCGUAUGUGAGCAAGUUAGAUCAGACUGGGGGCAGGUGAAUUUUGCAACCUGAAGUACUGUUGGAAUAUGAGUAAGGUAACAUUCAUAAAGGAAUUAAGGGAAACUUGUUAGCCAGACUUGAGCUGGGAAGUACAGCGCAUGUGCACUCUGAAGGAGGGGUGAGGAUGUUGCAGUCAGAGGGUCAUCUGAACUGUGGUGUCAGCAUGCUUCUGGCAAGACAGUGCUUGAAUGAUUGAUGGUGAAUGUUUCCUCUCUUUUUUUUGGGGGGGGGGGUUGCCCUACCUCAGUGGGAGAUGGCUGGUAUGUUAAAAAAAAAUGAAUGUUUGUUUUGAGGAAGAUAUGCAUUUGUAUUACAGAGAUUAGUUUUCAUUGUUUCUUACCUGGAAAAGCCCAUAAUUAUGCUAAGCUAUUGGGCCUACUGCAACUACACCUUUAAACUACUUGAUACUUAAAUUAGAUUAUUUAAAUGCUAAGUUAAACAUAAUUGUCUGAAGAUAAUAUUACUAAAUGUUAUGAUUAUUUUAAGUAACAAAAACUUUAUUUAUCUAUACAUCAGUGUUAAUAUGAAGAAAUAAUAAUAAAUUUUAGUUGUAGAAAUAUAGUGGAAAGAGAAGUACAUCAGUAUUAAUGCUAAUUGGAAUCUGGAUAGGCAGGUUGCAUUAGAUAUGCAGUGUUUCAUGCAGUGUUUAAUGUUGCAGUUUAAAAACUGUAGUGUAAAGCACCCUUCUGGCAAGACAGUGAUGGAGUGAAUGAUGGUGAAAGUUUUUCUUUUUCGGGCCACCCUGCCUUGGUGGGAAUCGGCCAGUGUGAUAAUAAAAAAAAAUAAUAUUUUUACAUCAGGUUCAGGAUGUAUUUUUUAGCCAUAUUUUUGAGGCAUUUGGCCAAUAUUGGACUUUUUAAUCUUCUAGUUGAGCAUUCCAUUUUUUGAGCCUUUUAUUUGCAUGGAGUUUUUACAUAGUUGAGUUGAACACAUGGGAUAUCAAAGAUGUAUUUGGUACUUGAUGGUACUGUGUAUAAGCAUUAUUUUGUAGCUGUCUAUGAAAAACUUUAGAACUAUUGAUUAUAUUUUUACUAAGUGUCUUAUAUAUGGAUACAACACUGGUUUUCUGGCAAUGGAUGGUCUGGCACGUUUUUUAGUCCAGACAAAAUUACGAGGGUGGCCACAGAUGGCAUUGUGUGCAGCGCUCAUUCACUGAUAUUUGUUGACACUGUAGUUUGGUGCUAAUCCCUUGAUUUUAUACAAUUCUUAUUGUGAUUUGUAAUAUUUAACCUUAUCUGUGGCUUCUAAGAAAGAUGCAAGUAUCACUGGUGGUGUCAGUCAUAAACACCAGUUCAUAGCAAUACAAGAAAACAUAGAACUCAUAAAAAAAUGGACCAUGGCAUUUCUAUCUGGAAGUUGUGUGAUAUCUAAGGUAUUGGAAAGAUUUACUAUUGAUAAGUUAAUAAGAGUAGUCAAGUGAAUUAAUUAAAGGGAUAAAACAGUGUUCCUCCAUGACAGAACAAGACCUAAUGAUUUUUGUUUGAUGCAUGAUAAACUGCAUGAAAAGUUCAAAGCACAUGAAACACCUUUGCUUGGAUGGAAUGUUUAGAAAGAUAACCAAGAAGAAUGUGUAAUAGCAGUAAGCCUUCAUCUGAAAAUCCUGUGGCCUCAACUUCAUGCAUUCCACGUCCUCCCCUGCAACAUCACAAAUCCAUGAUGAAACAGUUGUCUCAGAAACAGAUAGUAAUCUUGACGAACUUAACUUCCAGCUCUCUAUGAUUACCUCUACAGUUCCAGGAAAAUUAUAAGAUUUACCACUUCAGGAGCAGUAAUGCUGCAACAUUCUUUGUAAGUACAGUGUAUAUAAUUAAUAAACUUUUUUCAUUGAUACUAAUGCUUAAUUAAAGUUUCUAGCAGUUCAUGGUAUUUUAAAAACAUGGGAGGUGUAUAAUUAGUGGGUCAGAAGUGACUUUUUGAAUUAUUUCUACAUGACCUCUGUUGAUGCAGCAAAAUCAAUAUUCCGACAAGGCUUAGGUGCCAAGGUUGCCGGAAAAUCGGCAUCGUACCUGUACACAAUGUGCACAGUAGUAAAGGUUGCCGGAAAAUUAGUGUUGUACCUGUACAUAAUAUGCACAGUAGUAAAUGUGGAUGCUUUGCUUGUUUAGCAAAUCUAAAUAGUGGAUGGGUGUUAUUGUGUGAAACCUGAAUGAGUGUUCAUUCAAUUAGCUGACUUCUGAUUAGUCACGAUGGGUUAUAGGUGAUUUAUAGAUUCCUGUACACAUAUACCCUAAGUGAGAUAAAGAUAUAUUAUGUAGUAGUACUGAGUCAGUAAUAAUGUUUGAGGUACAUAAUAACAUUUUUGAAUGAAUGCUUACUGUUUUGUAUGUUAGAUAUAUGCUGGAUGUGAGCAUUGAAUUUUAAGUUUCCUGUCAGGGUGUAAAACUAAGAAUCUUCCUUCACCUUGUCUUUCAAUAUGUACAUUAUUAAUUCUUAUGUUCAGUUGAGUCUUCUUUACCUUUAUUCCCAAGCACUAUGUAGAAUGUCUCAUUAUUGAGUGAGAGUUUGUUGAGUGUUGUGGAAGUAGAUAAUAUACAAGCUUGUCAUUAACAGUGUUGUUCAAGACAAUUAAAUCUAAAUUUGAGAUGACAACAAGUGUGUUAUCUGCAAAUAUAACUGGUUUAAGCUCCCUAGAGGUAUUAGGAAGGUCAUUGAUGUAGAUGAGAAAUAUUAGAGGGCCUCAAAUGCCACCCUUAUCACUCCUGUGUUGUAAGUAAAAAAAGAUUAGUGACUGAAUGCAAAAAAAAAAAAAAAAUAGGCAAAAAUGAAAAAAAUAUAUAGAUUAUAUUACAUAUGGAAUAUUACGGCAAUAUUAAUGCAUCUCUAAUUUGAACAGUUGACUUUCCAACAAUUUCAGCCAGGAAUUACAAUUGUUAGUUGGGGAUCUACUGUAUACAUUUUUUAUUCAUGUAAUAAUCCUUUUCCUACCUCAUUGAAAAUUAGCACAUUAUAUUAUUCAUAUCCCAUGUAUAUUUCCAUUUGUUUCUAAUCUCUUUUCAGUUAAAUUAAUUUUUAAGUGAGCCUACCUUUUCAUAAAUACUACAGCAUAGAAAUUUUAUCAUGUUUGUUAAAAUAUAAAAUAUUGUACACAUAGUGAAAGGUUUGUCAUAUUUUGUCUAUAAUUCAUCAACAUUGUAAGAUAAACCCUGAGACUUGGUUGUUCUUCAGGGCCUUGUUUUAAUGAUAUUUUGCCAGCUGUAGUGGUUAGGAUUUCAUUUUUUUCUUGCAUUAUGAGCACUUACCACAAAUUUUAAUUUUGUUUUUUGUGUGCAGUUCAUACAGCUAGUGUAAGUUUGAAAGAAAGGCAGUUAGAAUUGUCAUGCCAAUAUUAAAUUGCAUGGCAGUAAAUAUUCUUUUGUGAGCUUUGUUAUUGGUUUUCUCUGGGUUAAUUAUAUUGCAAAUAUUAUUAUUAUAGUGUUCCUCUCCCAGACAACCCACCAGUCAUUUAUAGUUUCCUCUAGUCAUGGCCCCUGUGGGCUUUGGCCUGAUGCCUUUUGACAAGCCUUAUUUUGCAUAGAGUAAAGCAUACAUAUGGUUAACUAUGAUUUAAUUCCUUAAGUGGGAUCAAAUUGAUUAAUAUGGAACAGGUUCACCAGCCCAUAUACAGUAUCAGGCAAUUUGUUUUCUCAUGUGAAAAUCUUAAUACAAAAUUUCUACUUUUUAAUUUGUCACCCUUUUCUCUUUGCUGUUCUUACGUUACUGAACAUGUUACACAAAUCGUGAUGAACAUAUUGAAGAACACGUGGGAAAAAUUGGGUUAUGUUCUAGACCUCCAAAAAAAUGCUGUAAAAUAUUACCUAAAAUAAUGGGCAGGCUCAGUAUGGCUCUACUGUGGUGGGGUGGUCUUCAUAACACCCAGCACAACAACAACACCUGCUGUGCUAGUGAUUAUUAUAACUCCACUACACAGAUUUUUCAUUUAAUAACUUUUUCACACUUCAGUACCAAUCACUAACAUAUUCAGCAAUUGUAUAAUACAGCAAAGGUAGGUAAAUGAUUAUUAAAGGUACAGGAUUGUAUAAUUAUGGGCUACUAGCCUUUGCCUCCUCCCACCUUCAUACUUCCAAUGCCUCAGUUUUCUUUGAAACUGCCAGAAUUUUAAGCUUAAUUUCCUUCUUGAUAACUCCAGCAGCGCUAGUAUUUUUCAUGGUUGUCAUUAUUAAUAUUCAAAGACAAGAUGGACUGAUGAAAAGGUAAAAAAAAAUCAAUUAACAUAAGAUUGUGGUAUGGGAUGCAUAUGCAGUGAGAACUGGCAGUGUAGGAAGUUAUUAAAGGAGUAUGCCUGCAUAAAAAAAAAAUUGGUUGUAGGCUGGCUGCCAGAUGGAGGGGAAAGAUCCUACAGUAUGCCACAUAUUCCCAUAAAUUUAUAGUGUGCUAUUCAAUAAUUAGAGUGCAGUGCACAGUUACGUCACAAUAUUUAAAUUUGGUUAUGCUGUAAGAAAAUCGCAUUCAGAUGCACAUCUACAGUGUACAGAGUUUAUAUACAUUAAUAUGUAGCCUACUGAAGCAUGGUGAUUACACCACCCUCCAACAACUAUGACUUGAUCUUGAUAUGUACUACUGUAUAGAUGUGGUGUGUAUCAUUUCAGUUUGGGGAGAUGUAUACAGUGUUACUGCAAAAUGUAUUCUGGCUACUAGUUUAUAAAUAAGGACUUUAGUUCAGAUUCUUUUAUGAUUAUUCAUUUUCAUUAAAUAUUAGUUGUUCUUUAGUUGUCUGUGAAUGUUAAUUGUGACUGAACAUUUACAGUAGUAGAAGUAUAAAUUUAGAAGGUAAAUACCUAUUUCAAAUUCUACCAAGAACAGGUUGUUAUGCUAAAGUUACAUAGGACAGUUUAACUUUCUGUGGGCCAGUUUAACUAUAUUUGAGAAAGUAAUACUGUGACAUUUACAUAUUCAACAGUACACACUUAACCCGUAAACGGUCCAAGCAGAUCUAUGUUCACAUGUGUAGUGCUGCAAAAGUAAUCUACAUUUUUUUUUACAUAUUUUCAAAUAUAACAAAAAAAAAGUAGAUCAAAGUUUUUUUUACACAUUUUCAAAUGUAAAAAAAACAAAAAGAUUACUUUUUUUUACAUACUUUCAAAUGUCGAAAAAACGUAUAUAUACGUUUGGACCAUUUACAGGUUAAAUAUGGGCCAAGAACUUUUAAUAGGAAAAAUGCUGCAGUUGUAUUAGCAACCAAGGCACAAAACUUUUGUCUUGGAAAUCACACAUUUUAUCAGAAACUCUUAGUGUAUUCUAUGAAUUUAUAUUAGAAAUAAAAUAUUAUGUAUGAUAAACUAUAGAAAAUCAAGGUCAUGGUAAUUCUUUUCUUAGUUCAUCAGUUAAAGGCAAACAUAUGCAACAAGAAGAGGAUGACAGCAGCCACACACAGUUGAUAGCAUGUUUUCCGGUAUUUCAUUAGAUUACAACAAAAAUAUAAACAUUAAAUUCGGUAUGUAUCAUCUCUAUCCAUUAUAAAAAAGAUGUAUCUGCAAGAUCUAUAAUCUAAAAAAGAAAAAGUGUAUUUUAUUCAGUUAGUAAGAUAGAAACAAAGCAUACAGUAUUGCUUCAUUAUUGAUAGAUAAUAAGAGAAACAUAAAGAUUGAUGGGGCAGGUCUACAGCUGGGUAGAUGCAGAGAUGGGCGACUCAUGAUUCUGACUUGUUCCCAUGGAUUAGAAUUAUUGUAUAGUAUGACAAUUCAUGUAUAUUUAAGUUUGCAUUCAGAAUAUUUUCAGUUCAUUUACUUUUAGGAUACCUGGUAUAAAUAUAAGCAUAAUAGAGAGUUCAAUAAUUAGGUUGCAUUAGUUGAGAGUACUGUAUUGAGAUCUAGCAAGUGUGAGAAAAUUCUCUUGCUGCUAUAGGCAGCAGUAUAUUUGCUUUUGGGCUUUCAUAAUCACUUAUAAGAUAUAAUAUUUGUAUGUAAAUAAAAAACCUAAAUACCGUAUCAUGCUGAAGAAUUAUAUGUUUUUAUACUAUA